GCGCCCAAGGAUUUGAAUCCGGACUCUGGGAGGGAGCGCGCCUAGGCCGACCUCGGAGUGGCGGCCCCGCGGCCAACAUGCUUCGCAAAGGGUGCUGUGUGGAACUGUUGCUGCUGCUGCUGGCCGGGGAGCUGCCCCUGGGCGGCGGCUGCCCGCGGGACUGCGUGUGCUACCCCGCACCCAUGACGGUCAGCUGCCAGGCGCACAACUUCGCCGCCAUCCCCGAGGGCAUCCCGGAGGACAGCGAGCGCAUCUUCCUGCAGAACAACCGCAUCACCCUCCUCCAGCAGGGCCACUUCAGCCCCGCUAUGGUCACCCUGUGGAUCUACUCCAACAACAUCACCUUCAUCGACCCCGGCACCUUCGAGGGCUUCGUGCACCUGGAGGAGCUGGACCUUGGCGACAACCGGCAGCUGCGGACGCUGGCGCCGGAGACCUUCCAGGGCCUCGUGAAGCUGCACGCCCUCUACCUCUAUAAGUGUGGGCUCAGCGCCCUGCCCGCAGGCAUCUUCGGUGGACUGCACAGCCUGCAGUACCUCUACCUGCAGGACAAUCACAUCGAGUACCUGCAGGACGACAUCUUUGUGGACCUGGUCAACCUCAGCCACCUGUUCCUGCAUGGCAACAAGCUGUGGAGCCUGGGCCAGGACACGUUCCGGGGGCUGGUGAACUUGGACCGGCUACUGCUGCACGAGAACCAGCUGCAGUGGGUCCACCACAAGGCUUUCCACGACCUCCGCAGGCUGACCACCCUCUUUCUCUUCAACAACAGUCUCUCCGAGCUGCAGGGCGACUGCCUGGCACCCCUGGGAGCCCUGGAGUUCCUCCGCCUCAACGGGAAUGCUUGGGACUGCGGCUGCCGGGCGCACUCCCUGUGGGAAUGGCUGCGGAGAUUCCGGGGCUCCAGCUCUGCCGUCCCCUGCGCGUCCCCCGAGGCGCGGCAAGGCCAGGACCUGAAGCUGCUGAGGGCCGAGGACUUCCGGAACUGCACGGGGCCAGCCUCCCCGCACCAGAUCAAGUCGCACACGCUCACCACCACCGACAGGGCCGCCCGCAAGGAGCACUACCCGCCCCGUGGCUCUGCCAGGGACAGGGGCCACCCGCAUGGCCACCUGCCCGGCUCCCGCCCAGGUCACCGGAAGCCGGGCAAGAACUGCACCAGCCACAGGAAUCGCAACCAGGUGUCCAAGGCGGGCACCGGGAAGCAGGCCCACGAGCUGCAGGAUUACGCCCCUGACUACCAGCACAAGUUCAGCUUUGACACCUUGCCCACUGGGCGGCCCAAGAGGAAGGGCAAGUGUGCCCGCAGGACCCCCAUCCGUGCCCCCAGCGGGGUGCAGCAGGCCUCCUCGGGCAGUUCCCUGGGAGCCUCCCUCCUGGCCUGGAUACUGGGGCUGGUGGUCACUCUCCGCUGAGGACCUGGGGCACCAGCACCCAGCACUGCCACGUGUCCACCAAGGAACAGAAUCUCUUUUCUUUUUUUUAACAAGGGGAGGAUCUGCUGGGUUUCAGGCAAGCUGGUAAGGUCUUCGGCUGCUGUCUGGGCCCUGCCCGGUGGAUUAUAAACCCAAAGUGUACAGCCCUAAAGUGGGAAGGGAUUAGUGAGCGCAUCACACCCAGCUGUCCAGCCAGGCCCUGCCGAGCGCCCACGGACAGCAUCCAUCCAGCAAGGUGGUUAAAGCCCGCAAAAUGAAUCCUUCAUUAGCAACAAUGGGACAGUGCCCCACAGGAGCUGGGCUCUGUGGAAUCCCAGUCAUUGGAGAGAUCUGAAGGGCCCCCGCCAUCCCUGGAGGA